CCUUUUAAAGCUAGAGCCACCAUAGCUCCUCCCAUAUCCCAUAGAAAACUAUGCAAACUGACCCACGUGGUGUCUAAUGGCUGGCACUCCUCCGACCAGAUCUUUAUUAUUUUUCUUUUCUCUAGUUUGUUUCGGCACCCUGUCGGUCAUACUCUUGUUGAAGACAAAGAAUAAGAGAAAGAAGAAAAGGAUAGUGACUCCAAAGCAUCUCUUCUUCCCAGACAAGAGUGGACAUAAUGCCUCUACUCUUCUAAACCUCAUUUCCUCCUUACCAAGUCAUAGUCUUGACAUAUGCGUCUAUUGCUUGAAUGGCAAAGACUUCCUCGAGGCCAUACUCUCAGUCCACAAAAGAGGAGUCCCUGUACGUGUCAUUACCGACAACGAGGAGAGUUACGUCCAGAUAGCUACUUUAAGAAAGGGAGGAGUGCAAGUCCGUACAAAUAUGUCAUCCAGCUAUCUAAUGCAUCACAAAUUUGCAAUCAUCGAUCGUUCUCUUCUUAUCACUGGGUCACUCAAUUGGACCAGGCAAGGGUUAAAUGGCAAUUAUGAGAAUGUUAUCAUUACCGAUGACGUGGGAUACCUCGGAGGGUUUUUGAAACAAUUUGAAGAGCUUUGGGAAUCAUUUGAUCCACUCGCAUCUAAGUGACAUUUUGACUGAAUUUAUUAUUAAAAAUACUACAACCCCCACCAGUGCAUUUAUUUUCAUUGCCUUGUUUAAAAGAUGUGCAUAAUAUUCACAUUAAUUUUAUAUAAACAAUCAUGCUUAUUGUUAUGUUGCAACACAAAUGCUGAAUGAUUCCUUCAAA